GUUUUCUAAUGCUAUCGCUGCUAGGGUUUUGUAACGUUUCCCCUUUGAAGUUCUAGGGUGGAAUCGGAAGUUUGCUGCGGCGAUCUUCCUCCCAAUCGAGGGUUCUGGAAUCCCCACGGGGCGGCGAUGGACUUCGACGAGUACGAAUACCUAGAGAAGACGGUGGAGAACCCCGAGGUCCGCAAAGAGAAGGAGGCGGCCAACGGCCACCGGGACAUCCCGAAUGAGAAGGGCCGGGAGAAGAUCUCCAGGCACCGCGCCUCCGUUGACGGCGAGCGCGACUCCGACGACCGCCGCUCAAAGCGGUCGAGGUCGGACGACGGGAGCGGCCGUGACCACGACCGGCAUCGCGACCGCGAGAGGGGCUCGUCCCGCCACCGCUCCUCGCCCGACCGCGAGAGGGGCUCGUCUCGCCACCGCUCCUCGCCCGACCGCGACGAGAGAGAGCGCCAGAGGAGCGGGAGGGAGCACAGGGACAAGGAUAGGGAUAGGGAUAGGGAUGAGAGGAAGGGGAAAGAGCGGGACAGAGACCGAGACCGGGAGAGGGAGAGGGCAAGGGAACGCGAGCGCGAGAAAGAGAGCGAGAGGGAGCGGUUACGGAGGAGCAGGAGCCGCUCGGAGAGGCUUCGUGAGGAGGAGCGCGAGAGGCACCGGGAGAGGAGCAGGGACAGGGAGUACGGAGAACGGGAAAGAGAAAGAGAUCGAGAUGCCAGAUGUGCUAGAGCUAUCUUCAGAGGGUCACUGCAACUGAGCCUGGCUCAGGAACUCAGAAAUGCUGGUGAGGGGAGUCUUGAGCUUUUUCACAGAAGCAUUUCAUCUUCUGAUGCUUAUGACCAAAUGGGUGUUCAACGAUACAAAGAAAAGAAAGAAGAAGCUGCAGAGCCGGAGGCUGAUCCAGAACGAGAUCAAAGAACUGUAUUUGCCUAUCAGAUUUGUUUGAAGGCAGAUGAAAGAGAUGUGUAUGAAUUCUUUUCAAGGGCUGGAAAGGUGCGAGAUGUCCGCCUCAUUAUGGAUCGCAACUCAAGACGCUCUAAAGGGGUUGGGUACAUUGAGUUCUAUGAUGCUAUGUCAGUUCCCAUGGCAAUAGCUCUCUCUGGCCAGCCUCUUCUUGGCCAACCAGUAAUGGUCAAACCCUCAGAGGCAGAAAAGAAUCUUGUCCAGUCAACUACUUCUGCAGGCGGGGCAGCUGUGCUUGCUGGACCUUAUUCAGCUGCAGCUAGAAAGUUGUAUGUUGGCAAUCUUCACUUCAACAUGACAGAGGAUCAACUUCGACAGGUGUUUGAACCAUUUGGUCAAGUGGAGCUGGUCCAGUUGCCCCUUGAUGAGACUGGGCAUUGCAAGGGUUUUGGUUUUGUUCAGUUUGCACGUCUUGAAGAUGCCAAAGCUGCUCAAAGUUUAAAUGGACAACUGGAAAUUGCUGGCAGGACAAUUAAGGUUUCAACUGUAACUGACCAAGCUGGAAUGCGAGAUGCUGGUGCAAAUGCUGGUGAUCUUGAUGAUGAUGAAGGUGGAGGCUUGUCUCUAAAUGCUCAUUCUAGAGCUAUCCUUAUGCAGAAGUUGGACCGUACUGGCACUGCAACCAGUGUCGCUGGUGCUCUUGCUGCUCCUGCUGUCAACUCUGCAGCUCCAACUCUACCAACUGCAUCAGUUCUUGGUGUUCCUCAAAUGGUUACUCCCCUUCUACAGCCCACUGUACCUGCACUUGCUGGAUUACCAGCUUCAGGUCUUGCUGUUGCUUCCACAACCACACAACCUGUUGAAACUGUUGGGAUACCUAGUGAAUGUUUGCUGCUAAAGAAUAUGUUUGAUCCAAAUGUAGAGACGGAACCGGAUUUUGAUUUAGAUAUUAAAGAAGAUGUUCAAGAUGAAUGCUCCAAGUUUGGCACUGUGAAGCACAUUUUUGUGGACAAGAAUAGUGCUGGCAAUGUAUAUCUGCGUUUUGACAAUAUUACUUCAGCCCUGAAUGCGCAGCGUGCACUUCACGGAAGGUGGUUUGCUGGAAAGAUGAUUACAGCGACAUUCAUGCUCCCCCAGCAAUAUGAAGCAAAAUUUCCAAGCAAAAGUUAAUUUGUUCAUAGUAACUAAGAUUCAUAUGUGCGAGGAAACAAGUAUUAAUCAAGAAACAUGUACCUGUAAAGUUUUAGGACAACUUGCUAAGAUGGGGUAUUCUGUUGUGUUCUGUCGUGUAUGAAUCCGUUUGUGCCUCGAGGUAUGCCUGGUGCUGAUAAUGGGAGUUCUAGUCAAAGAUUCAGUCGUUUCACCUCAAUGAGCUUAUUUGUUUUUUAAGCCCUUGGUGUUAAGGUGCUCGAGAACUAGGAGAAAUUUGUAGGACAGCCCUGCUGGAUGUCCUGGGUAUUGUUUCGUGUAGUUUGGUCGACUUCCUUUUGUUUUGUAUACAUAUAUGCUGGAGAAAAAUGCGAGCUCUUUUUUAUCAUGAUGAAAGAAGAAAUACUUGUCUUGGAACGCCAA